AUGAAUGUUCUAAUUCUUCAGAAAACACGCGACGCCUCCCAACUCCUACCUAUGCAGCAUCCCUGUUUGUCGCCCGAAUUCAUGAAAAAGUACUCUGAUCUGAUGAUUGGUCUCACAACAGAAGUACCAGACACUGAUUGUCUCAUCUGCCACGAGUUCAGGGAGAGCCAUGAGAAGACGAUUGAAUGCGAGACGACGUGUCAUAAGGUGUACCAUUUGAAGACUCGACUCAAUAUGGUCAACGAAACUCGAACCGACACAGCAAAAUUCAUCCAUCGCCACAUGAACGUGAAGAAGUGGCUCAACUAUAGGGAGCAAUCCUAUACGAAACUGGAACUGAUAAAUUUGGCAUUGGAUGCAAGAGACGUUUUCAAGAAUGAUGGCAACCCCAGUGCUCUCGCAAGGAUUUCUCCACCUGUAUUGGUGGUUGGAGACAUUCACGGACAAUACGCGGACCUGAUGAGAAUACUCAACACGUGUCCGAGUAAACCAGCGGAGAAAAAAAAGGAAAGACCAGCUCCAAACAACAAGAAAGCCGGUUUCAUCAGCAACAGAUUCGUCUUUCUCGGCGACUACGUGGAUCGGGGAAGUCACUCGGUCGAGUGUAUCUCGUUGAUGUUUGCUCUCAAAGUCCACUAUCCGAGUCAAUACGUUCUGCUCCGUGGAAACCAUGAGACCAGAGCCAUCAAUUUUGCAUACGGAUUCAGAGAGGAGCUGCAGAUCAAACUCGGAGAAGCCGACGGACAGGAGGUUUGGGAAGCUUUCAAUGAAACGUUUGCAUGGAUGCCGUUGGCUUGUUUGAUUGGCAGUAAGAUUCUGUGUAUGCAUGGAGGCAUCAGUCAGGGCAUGACGUUGGGGGAUAUUGAGAAGAUUCCACUGCCACUCGAGGAUGUCGGCACCAACGCCUUGGCACAGGAUCUUCUCUGGGCUGAUCCGACGCCAGAUCAAUCGAUUGCUUCUGCAUUACCGACGCCACAAUGGGGCAAGAACUUGGUUCGUGGUCUUUCGUGCACAUUCAAUCCGGCUGCCGUGACCGAGACCGUUGGAAGACUCAAACUCAAAUUGAUCAUUCGUGCUCACCAGAUGAUUCCGGAUGGAUUCAAGUUUGUGGCCAACUAUCAGCUCCUCACGAUAUUCUCCGCUCCUCGCUACAUGAAUGAGACUGAUAAUCGUGGUGCCAUCGUCCGCAUCCAAGAGAACGGAGAUUUCGGUAUCAUCGUGUUGAAGAAUACGAAAGGAGCAGGAGGAAAGAAUCCACUGAAUGAUGAGUUGACACGUGCCGAUGACGUCCCAAAUGAAUCUGCGAAAAAGAAAUCCGAUUCGGCCGUCAAUGUGAUGAAACUGAGCAGCUCCAAGACAAAGAAUUCCCCGAAAUUUUGA